CAAAAGUUUCGUAAACCCCUGGCUUCCUUCCCCGGAAGACCGUAUACGCUGCGUAUGGUCAAUUAUUCGCCAUAUCGGAUAUGUUCGUUCUGGACGAUCAAGUUGCAGGAAUUACCAGAAAUGUAAACAUGAUUUGGGCGACGCGCCGCAACGCGACGAAAACACGCUAGUGCUCCCAUAAACUUUAACUCUAUUUACCUAGGCACUUUCAACCCGAGCACAAUUCAACAACUUCAACCACGACCACGAAUACCGGAGCAAAUCGAGCAGGAUGCCACCAAGUCCGGUCCGCAAGCCUUUGGGUGCGAUCACCACAAAUCCAACUGUCCCUACAUCGGAUCCCACCACGAUGAAGAAGCAUGAACCUGCCAGUAAGAAGCGCAAAGCUUCCGAACCAGCUGUUCAAUAUGAUAUCGACGACGAAAUCUGCCAAACAGUUGACAUCAAUUGCAAUGCCGUACGAGCCAAAAUCCGACGCUUCCUUGAGUCUGGAGAGAUGAAAGUGGGCGAAUUCCAGCGCGCUAUUGGGACUAACAGUAAAUCAUACCAUACUUUCAUGAAUCAGAGUGGUCCCUACAAAGGAAACGGUUCUUCUGUCUACGGAAAUGCUUUCGCGUUCUUCAAGCACAGGGAAUUGAAUGGGGUCAAGAUCGCGAAGAAGGCGAAGGUUGUGGAAGCUGCCACUGCUAAGGGUGGAAAGGCAGACACGGAUUUUGAAGGCAUUAUGCUGGAGGGAGAAGAGGAGAACGAAGUUCCGGUCUACGAUUCCUGCGAUGAGAUUCGAAAGAAGAUCCGCAAAUACCUCAGAGAGACUAAUAUGUCACAAGCUGCUUUCUCGCGAGAGAUUGCAAAGUCGUUCCAUCCUGAGAAGAAGGUCAGCGGGUUGGCUGCAUUCAUGGCGAAGAAGGGACCAGCAGCAGGAAACACCAGUUCUGCAUUCUAUGGCAGCUACGUGUUCUUCGAGAAGAUGAGAGUCAGGGACCGGAAGCCAAAGACCGAGCAUCGUUUGGGCAUGGAGGAUGCUUGGGAUGGCUGCGAGCCCUUUGGUAGUGGGAAGCCUGGUAUGGACACCAAGAAGAUGAUCGACCGGGAAUCAUACAUUUUUCAUUCAACAAGACAAUCUACCAGAAUGAAUUUGGGAAGGCCACUGUGGGCUGGUAAGCUUGGAUGCUGUCGUGGUAAUCGAGACUAUGAUCAUUGGAGUUGGAGGCCUAUAGGUUGCGUUGGCGAAUUUUGUGGAGUUUUAUACCUUCUCUUUUGUGGCAAGACUUUGUACAAAACCUCCUAGAGAUGUUGCAUUAGACUUGUAAUAACACUGUCACCUUAGGGUUUCGGUGCGGCACUUGAGCCCAGAU